UCGAAAAACAUGUAAGUCGUGUUUUCAUGCAUCUUUAGGCUGACAUUUCUUUCUCCCUUCCCCAGGUGGCUCUAUGGCCCGCACUUUGAAUCGCGCGGUCCGGGUCCUUCGGUGGAUCGCCCCCGGCGCUGCCCUGUGCUCAGUUGCCCUGGUAACCGUUUCCAUGACAACGCCCGAGUGGUUGAUCACAAACGAAAGGUUUCCGAAUGGAACGGGCCCGGCAAUCAACAAGAAAACCUACAGCGGAUUGUGGAAGAUAUGCUAUACGCCAUUGGGCAGCAGUGAGUUUGUAUGUGAGCUGAUCGACUAUUUUCCGAGAGAAAACUAUUCACCUGACGAUGCAGACUCCACCAUGGCUAUACCGAACGCCGUGGUGACCACGGGGCCAUUCCUGUUCGCCGGAGCUGCUGUUCUGCUGACGGGGGUUAUUUGCUACGCAGUCGGCCACUGCUUUCGUCGCCGGAGGCUUCUCAGUUUCGUCGGCGGCGUCAACUUCAUACUGGCUGGUCUUUUGGCGAUGAUAGCCACCAUCGUCUACAUCUCCACGUUCAAGGCCGAGGUGAAGAACAAGCUGCGUUCGAGGAACCUCUGGGAUCCGCCGCGGUUCACCUAUCGCUUCGGCUAUGGCUUCUACAGCCUCAUCGGAGGCUUCAUCAUGUCUGAGCUCACUGGUAUCGUCGUCAUCUUCCUGUACAUCUUCUGGCACCAGCGAGAUUGGGAGCGGAAAAGUCUGAAACUCGCCCAGCAGGGGUGCCUUAUGAACGGCUGCGCUCCACGCCUGCGCAGAGACGCUCCUACGAGUCGCUCUCUGGACCGGGGUCCUCCAGUACCCCCAGCGGCCCGCUGCAAAUACAACGAGCUUCCGUAUAGACAGUUCGCGAGUCUGCCGCGGCGGCUGGAUUUCAACGGGAGUGGUGAAUGUUCUAUGGCGGGGUCAGCCAGUAUGGACUGGGUGGCGAGGUCGAGAGAGGGAGAGAGUGAGCAGUGGCCUCGGAGAGAGGUGGAAGAGUGGCCGCGGAUGGGGAGAGAGCGGGGCUGCUCCAGGGAGAGGAGUGGGGAAGAGUGGGGUAAGAGUGUGACGUGGGAGGGCGAGAGACCUCAGAGGCGAAGUGCUGAUGUGGGGAAGUGGGGGAACGGUUUUGGGCCGGAGUCGUGGCCUCCGCCGAGGCCGGGGUCGGAGAUACCGGAGUGGCCGCCGGUUUCACGAGGCGAUUCUCUAACUCGACAGGGGUCGACGGCUCACCCAGGCCCAGCGGGGCAACGUUGGGCCCCUCCGCGUCAUCCACCCCCAGGGGUCUAUUCGCUACGUGUGGGCGAGGGCCCACUCCAGCCCAGACCGGCCCACGGUGGGCCCUGUAGCUGCCACCGGCCACCGCCAUUCGUACGCCCGCCAAGCUGCCGCCAUGUUUGUCGACACCAGCGCCCUCUUCCUCCCACGUGCGUACGUUGUAGUGCGUCGCUCUGCCGCCAGCCGGCGCUAGUGGGCGGUUGGCCGGGCGCCCCUCGGCCCAGAAUGCCGGCACCCCAUCCGCCGUCGUACAGUCAGGUAACGCAAAUUUAACGGCGUUGGAAGUGUCUAUUUAGGAUUGAUUUUGAACAGCUGUUCUGAGAUCUCAUAAGCGGAAGACAUUAUCCUGUAUGUUGAUGCAUGUUGUAAUAUUGCAUGCCUACGUUCAUUGACGGAUCAACAAAGAACAGUGCAAGGACCUCCCUCCUAGAGCGUUUCUCCUUGUAACAAAGGGAAUCAUUUGCUGCAUGUAUUUUUUCAUUCAUGCUUGAUGCUCUGCAAUUCAGGGCGACGUUUACAAAGGAAUGUCACAUUUUGACUGCAUAAGUAAUGUAAGUAUACCUAUAUGCAAGGAAUUUACUAGGCAGCAGAGUUCCAGUAUGUUUAAAGAAUAGAACGUUUAUGUGAUUCUCUGAUAAUGUUCUCAGUUGUCAACAUUGUAAUGUGAUUUUUUCAAUAAAAUAUUUCGGGUGAUUAUAA